AUGAUGUUCUUCGCCACACUGACUGGACACGGCCUCCUGAUCCUGCUGAUCCUGGUGGACCCCCUUCUGCACAUCCCGAUGUACUUUUUCCUGUGGCAGCUCUCUCUCAUCGACAUCCUGUUCACACUGGCCAUUGUCCCCAAGAUGAUGUCUGACUUCCUUCUGCACAAGACUGCCAUCUCUGCUUCUGGCUGUGGAACACAAAUCUUCCUGGGAUGGGCCUUGGGUGGGACCGAGUGCAUCCUUUUGGGACUUAUGUCCUGUGACCGAUACAUGGCCAUCUCCAAGCCUCUCGGCUACCUGCUGCUCAUGAACUGGCCCCUCUGCAGGCAGAUGGUGCUGAACUCAUGGUUGAGCAGUGCUUUCAAUGUGUUGGUGCGCACGGUCUACACCAUGAGCUUCCCUUUCUGUGGACCCAGAGAAAUCCAUCAUUUUUACUGCGAACUCCCUGGUGUCCUGCGGCUGUCUUGUGAGGACACCUUGCCCUACGAGAUGGGGGUGUUGAUCGGCCGGAGGAGAGCCUUCUCCACCUGCUCCUCUCACCUGACCGUGGUCAGCCUAUUCUACGGCGCCAUCAUUUUCAUGUACAUGAGGCCGAUCUCUUCACAUACUUCAGGCCAAGAUAAAGUCGUGUCUGUCUUCUACACCAUUCUGACACCAAUGCUCAACCCCUUGAUCUAUAGUCUUCAAAAUAAGGAUGUGGUGGGAGCCCUGGGAAGAGUCCUAUGGAAGCGAUCUGAAUAUGUGAAGAUGUGA